AAGAGUAAAAAAGUUCUCUAAAAAUCUCAUUUAUAACUGAAAAACAUUUUUUUAAGCUGCAUUAUCAUGCUUUUAAAAACCUUUUGGACUUUUGACACUGUUUUACAAAAAUUUAAAGUUGUAAAUAAAAGCAAGAUUAUUUUGAGUGUUUCACGAGAAAACAUUCGAGUUUUUCUGCUUCAAGGGUUCAUGUUCAAUUCAGCGUGUUGCUUGCAGUUUGUUACUAAUUUGUCAAAUUUACUAGCAAUUUCUGAUAGAGAACUUUUCUGCACCAAAUGUCAGUGUGCAGCAUUCAGGGUACGAAGACGGGAACCCUCCGAAUGUUGUAACGGACUCCCAUAUUCAGUUUAACACCAAUAAAAGAAAAUUGUAGCGAGCUGACUAGCUUCAUAACUAAAGCUUACGAUUAAUGUGAUAUUGACCGGUUCAGCCCUCGUUUCUGAACUCCUCGGCUCAUGCCCUCGCAGGCUGUGAAGUCUUCUAAAAAGAGCAGCUCAUAUCUAUCACAGUCUUGAGUUUACAGGCAGGCGGGAGCGAGUCGAUCAGAGCCCGACUGACUGCAGGAAGUGAUGUGAGAGCUUCCACAGCUGGCUGCCUCUAUUUGUGCCUUGGGUGUUGAUGAGCGGCUGUUACCAGACGGUGCCCUCAGCCGAAAAUCACCACUGCCAAAAAAGGAAGACAUAAUGUGUUUGUGCGAACUCUUCACUUCUCCGGGCGUGACGGACUGGAGCGGCGUGGAUUACUUGGGGAUUAUUGUGCUGUUUUUAUCAGCUGUUUGGGCUCCGCUUCUGACGGCACCCAUUCACUGCAGAGCACCCGUUGCUGAGCAAGUGAUGUUUUUUAAAUGAUUCAAAAUCUGAUGAAGAAACAAACUCGUGAGGCCUGAAGGAGCGUCUCGCUGUACAGCAAGGUCACGGAAAGCACAGCAAGAGCAGCGAGAGAUGCGCGAGGAGAGAAAGAGACGGAGAACUACUCUAAAGGGCAGCUGGGAACUCAAUGGACCCGCCAAAGGCCAGGAGAGAAGGAAACAGAGCGAACGAAGCCAAGAAUGGAGGAGAGAACGGCCUACCGGGGGUCGCUUUCAGCCGGAGCAGCGGGGCGGUGAAUGGAUGGGCGCCCGUCGAGACGGAGGGGCUGUCGAUUAGAUUUCUCACAGCUCAGGUUUCGAGCGAGAACGGGUUCGGCUGGACGCUUCACGCGAGCCGUCCCUCUCGCAGGGUUUCGCCGCGGUUCGCUCGGGGACCUGCCGAAGCGUACGGGAACGGAGCCGAGGGUCAAAGGUCAGCUGCGACGAGAGCUUUGGGGUCCUCCGGAGAAAGCUGCCCCGUCUGAAGGGGUCGACGGCGGGCACCCAGAUGACAGAGGUGUUUACUCGUGGACUGGAGCGGUGAGGAUUAUGGUUUUUAUCAGCUGUUUAGACUCUCAUUCUGACGGCACCCAUUCACCAUCGCUGAGCGAGUGACGAAUUUCUCCAAAUCUGAUGAAGGAACAAACUACAUCUACGUCUUGGAUGGCCUGAGGCAGGUGAGGAGAGCUAGAAUCCAGAGAGAGUGACAGAAAGCCAAGACGCUGAGCCAUGCAGAAGUGGAUGGUGUCUCCUCCAUGAGUUUCUUCCUCCCAUAUUGCCCAGCCCACAGCGCUCCAACGUCUCCGCCGUGCAACGCCGCAAUGAUGUGCUCUGGGCGCGAGAUGCAUCACGACCGAUCCAGACCAGUCGCGGUGGGGGCGGAAGUAGGUGGAAGGAAGCGGACCGAAGGCCAAACGCUAAAGCCGAACACGUGUUACCAUCUGGUGCGGAGAGCAGAGGUUGAGCAGGGGCCCGGUCGGGGGCCAGGAGUCUGUCAUACUCGCUCUGUGUCAGCUGGAGAGAGAUGGAGCGCUCAGGACAGCCUGACCAGCAUCUGGAGCACAGCCCAGCAGAGCCACACGGAGAGACACGGACUUACACAGCCACCUUUCUACUACUGGACAAACCAUUUGAUAAUGAUAGUUAUUCUAAAUAUUUUCACAGUAAAGUAGUUAAUAUAUUGAUUUGUUUCAUAUUUUAUCAAUUAAAUAAUACAAGUUUUUUAAUGAGGACAAUUUGCAUUUGUCUGUCUGUCAGUUUUAUUUGUCAGUAUGUCAGUCUGUCUGUCCAUCCGUCCAUCAGUUGGUCUGCCUGUACGAUCUGUCUUUCCAUCUCUCUGUCCAUCUGUCUGUCAGUCUGUCUGUCCAUCAGUCCAACUGUGCAUUUGUCGGUCAGAUUUAUUUGUCAAUAUGUCAGUCUGUCUGUCCAUCCAUCCGUCAGUUGGUAUGCCUGUAUGUUUGUCUGUCCAUCUGUCAGUCAGUCUGUCUGUCCAUCUGUCCGUCAGUCCACCUGUACAUUUGUUUGUCUGUCAGUCUGUCUGUCCAUCUAUCCAUCCAUCCGUCCGUCAGUUGGUCUGCCUGUAUGUUUGUCUGUCCAUCUGUCAGUCAGUCUGUCUGUCCAUUCAUUUGUCAGUCCACCUGUACAUUUGUCUGUCAGUUUUAUUUGUCAAUAUGUCAGUCUGUCUGUCCAUCCAUCCGUCAGUUGGUCUGCCUGUAUGUUUGUCUGUCCCUCUGUCAGUCAGUCUGUCUGUCCAUCCGUCCAUCAGUCCACCUGUACAUUUGUCUGUCUGUCUGUCCAUCCAUCCAUCCAUCCAUCCGUCAGUUGGUCUGCCUGUAUGUUUGUCUGUCCAUCUGUCAGUCAGUCUGUCUGUCCAUCCGUCCGUCAGUCCACCUGUACGUUUGUCUGUCUGUCAGUUUGCUCGUCAAUAUGUCAGUCUGUCUGUCCAUCAGUCAGUCUUUCUGUCAGUCAGUCCAUACGUCUAUCUGUUGAUCUGUCCGUCAGUUGGAUCGACCGUACGUUUGUCUGUCUGUCAGUCGGCCCGUCAGUCCUUCUGUCAGUUUGUCUGUCCGUCAGUCCGUCUGUCUGUGUCACUCCUUCCUGUGACACUGUUUGUUCUUCUGCUGUGUUUCAUUGAACGUAAUGAACGUAGACUGGUUUCAUUAGCACUGACUCUAAUCUCAUCUGUAGUGAAUUUCAGACACGCACUGCUGAACCUGCAGAUAGCACGCUUCUUUCUGAUGCAGGUUCUCCGUCACUCUUGUCCCAGUGACCGGCGGAUAACCGGAGGAGGAUUACAGGACAGGGACAAGCUGCUGUGCCGGGAAAGCUUGGACCGCAGUGGCAGACGUAGCCUCAAACCUAAUGUUGGCAAAGAGAGCGAGAAGAGCAAAAUAGAAAUGCCCCACCGCAGGCCGGUGAUGAGUAACGAACAGCACUUUCUGAAGAAUGGUUCCCACAGACCCGCUGCUCCCGUUCGGAGGGUUGAAGUGUGUUCAGCUCACACCGUUUGGUUUUUACAGAAAGUGCCAGCUCUCAUGAAAACGUGUCUCUUCUUCUGAAGUGAGAUGAAGUAUCUGCUGUCUUUUGAGCUGAACUCACUGCCAGACUGCCCUUUUCCCGGACGACGCAAAUUCUGGCAUAGCCUUCCUCCCAGAUGCACACUACAGUCCGCCGGUAACCGUUAUUAACCUUAUUGCGGACGAAAACGACCUCAAUUCCACAAGUGACUGACAUCCGCUGGCCCACAAACACCCGAGAGCACGCGCGCUAAUGUUCUUCACUCAGACUUUUGUUUGUCAUGACGGCACAGAUGUCCUUCACUGCUGGUGAUGUCCCACAAUCCUGUGCAUGCUGCUCACAAUGUGGAGAAUAAAAAUAGCUGUGUGAGUUUGCUACCUUGCAUACAGCAGUUACAAAAGUGAUGGAAGGAGUUGCAGGUCAUGAUGGACAGGUAAUGCGGCUGGAGCGUGUGAGUCCAACAUCAGAAAAUGAUUAUGUAGCAGAACUGGACUGAAAGCUCUGUGAACAACUGCUGUAAUCCCCCGCUAAGAAGAACGACAAGAAAGAGAGGAGAGGAAGUGAAAAUCAAUGGAAGCUAGAGAGUUUCCUCGGCUAAUUAACAAGAGCUCGUUCACUGUCAUAAAUCCAGUGCAGGAAAACACAGGUACUGAACGUACACCAGCACCGUCUCCAUCUGUCCCGUUUCACUAAUGCAGUACUGUACAAGAUGACUCUAACGUAAAAGGAGAUUACUGACGAAUAAAGCAAGCUUAAAUAAUAAUCUCUUGUACUGUAGGCUCGAAAUUCAACGCGCACAUUUGUAAGAAUUAGUUUUGUUUUUUAAAUACAGCUUUACUCCAGUUUUAGUUAUUUUACUAAAUAAAUGA